AUGCCUCCGACGAAAAAACGUGCAAGACAAGACGAAGUUGAAGGCAAUAACAAUAAUCCAGGAGAAGAGUUUCAAACCGAUGAACCUCUAGUAAAUAAAAUCAAGAAAACGAAAUCGUCCGAUAAACGUUUGAUUGUUGUACUCGAACAAGCCAACUUAGAAACAAUCAAAGUUGGUAAAGUUUACGAGUUGUUGAAUUGUGAUCGACAUAAGAAUCAUCUUCUCAAAUACAAGCGUGAUCCAAAUUCCAAUGCACGACCAGAUAUUACGCAUCAAUGUUUACUAGCACUGCUAGAUUCACCAUUGAAUCGCGCUGGAUUACUUCAAGUUUACAUUCAUACACAUAAAGGAAUAUUAAUCGAAGUUAAUCCUCAAACACGUAUUCCGCGCACAUUCGAUCGAUUUGCUGGUCUAAUGGUUCAACUUCUUCAUAAACUAUCCAUUCGAUCACAGGACACAGUUCAAGGUGGUAUUAAAUUACUCAAAGUGAUCAAAAAUCCAAUUACGGAUCAUUUUCCUGUUGGUUGCAAAAAGAUUUCCACUUCAUUUGGCGCAACACCUACACGUCUAGUUAAGAUUCGUGAUUAUGUACAAAAUGAAUGUGGAGACAUUGAUCAACCCGUUGUUUUUGUUAUUGGUGCUAUGGCAAAAGGAAGUGUCAAUAUUGAUUAUAAUGAAGAUACCGUGUCGAUUUCAUCCUACCCAUUAUCAGCUGCCUUGACAUGCGCUAAAGUUUGUAGUGCAUUCGAAGAAAAAUGGGAUGUUCUUUAG